AUGACUUCGAGCAUGGGCGCGGAAGCCGAAUCUGAAAGCACCAUAGAGGAGCGAAUCGGCCUUACCUCACUCUACCCAAAGAGCAGCAAGGACACAUCCAAGCCACGGAAGAACCUCAUCCUACGAACAGUUGCUGCCGUUCUCGUUGCUACCCUGGCUAUAUGCGGAGCUUACACGGUCGGAGCCCAAGCGAUCGAAACGCUGACACGGGAUGACGCCCCAUGCCUGUGCGGAUUCACAACUGCCGAGGGAAUUUCGCGGAACUGCCAGUUCGAUGAGAUUGAGUUAUGUUGGUUGAGACCGGAAUGCAUUGACUUCGAUCUCACGCAUGAGUUCACGACAGCCUCUCGUUCUGACAAGGGGGGCGCCUGGCUAUACCAGACGGAGAUGGAUGGCAAGUACCGUCUCAUCAACGGGACCGAGCUAUCCAUGCUGAUCGAGCCCGGGAGGACCAUAUGGUUUACCUACGAGCAACAUGUUGUGCAUUGCAUCUUCUCGUGGAGGAAGCAGUUCCGACAGCAAUUCACAGGCAUUGUGAUGCAUAUGACCGCAUCGGAUGAGGGACAUAUCAGACAUUGCGGUGAGAUGUUCAUGCUCAAUGGCCGCGUCACGAUGCAGAAGAGCAGCUCUAUCACGAGUGUCGAAGCUCAUGCAGAAGAAUUGAAGGACGUUAAGAAGCGCGACACCUACGUGGAUCUGUUCAAGGAUGACGGGCCAGCUCCCGCACCGGAAGAGGGUGGUGGCGCCUACAAACGCUCUGAAAGGGCCAAUUCGGGGAAGCGUGACACCUAUAUCGAUCUGUUCAAAGACGAUGGGCCAGCUCCCGCGCCGGACGCUGGGUCGGAGAAGCGGGACACCUACAUCGAUCUGUUCAAGGAUGACGGACCAGCUCCCGCGCCGGACGCUGGAUCGGAGAAGCGUGAGACCUAA